AUCUUGCGUCACGUGAACCUCAAUGAUAUGGAUUUCAAAGCGUUCUGCGACUUACAAAAUGAAAUCACAAAAUGUAUCAAAGAAACGGUCUCCUUACGUGCAAAUACGGUCGUAUUUGACAAAGAUGAAAUCAAAAGGAAACUUCCGGAGGAUAUAAAGAAUUUCAUGAUGAAGGACAUCUCCAAGGCUGGCACUCGCAACAGGGCGCAUUCACCUCCAAAAUUCGACAGUCCAGUCUCUCCCACGCCGGGUCCCUCAAGGAAACGUUCCCGUGACGCAGGAAAAUCUGAAUUUUCUGGACAGUCUGAAGUUCCCGAGUUUUCUGAUCGCCCGCUACCAAAAGAUUUCAAAGCCAAAAUUUCAGUGGAUUGCUUGAAUGCGUAA